GUAGCGGCUGGACAUUGCUAAAGAAGCAGCAUUGGCCCUACGCCACGCUUACCUUUGACCUCUCCCCUCCCUCCUUCGCCCUUGAUUGGAGCUGGUCCGAUCCCGGACCCAAACCAUGUUCCCUGUGAAGGUGAAAGUGGAGAAAUCAGAGUUGGAGAUGGCCAAGGCCCGGAAUCAACUGGAUGCUGUUCUACAGUGUCUGCUGGAGAAGAGUCACAUGGACAGGGAGCGUCUGGAUGAAGAAGCUGGGAAAACCCCCUCAGACUCCCACAAUAAGGAUUGCUCCAUUGCAGCCACUGGCAAAAGGCCAUCUGCCCGCUUCCCCCACCAGCGGAGGAAGAAAAGGAGAGAGAUGGAUGACGGGCUGGCUGAGGGAGGGCCACAGAGAUCCAACACCUAUGUGAUCAAGCUGUUUGAUCGGAGCGUGGACUUGGCGCAGUUCAGUGAGAACACACCACUGUACCCCAUCUGCCGCGCCUGGAUGCGCAACAGCCCCACAGUGCGCGAGCGAGAAUGCUCACCCAGCUCACCGCUGCCCCCACUGCCUGAAGAUGAGGAGGUGGGUUCAGAGGUCACCAACAGCAAGAGUCGUGAUGUGUAUAAGCUUCCUCCACCCACAGCCCCCGGCCCACCUGGAGAUCCCAGAUCCCGCAUUCCAUCCCCACUACAGCCUGAGACCCAGGGCACCCCUGAUGAUGAGCCUUCAGAGCCUGAGCCUUCACCCUCCACACUUAUCUAUCGAAACAUGCAGCGUUGGAAACGCAUCCGUCAGAGGUGGAAGGAGGCAUCUCACCGGAACCAGCUUCGUUACUCAGAAAGCAUGAAGAUUCUACGGGAGAUGUAUGAGCGACAGUAAUGCGUCCAGGUCUCCCCACCCCAAUAAACACUCCCUGACUCUACA